UGUCACGUGACUCGGGUCAGAGGUAGCUCGAGUUCCAAGGACAUAAUAUGGCAGGGUCGUCGAAGAAGGUAUAUGAGGUGUUUGUGUCUAAAAUACCAUGGACCCUUGCAAGCAAGGAGAUGAAGGACUACUUUGGGCAGUUUGGUCAAGUCAAGAAAUGCCUUGUUCCCUUUGACAAAGAGACAGGCUUCCACAGAGGCUUCUGCUGGAUCGGCUACACGUCCGAGGAAGGCCUGAAUAAUGCUCUCCAGAAAGACCCACACGUACUGGAGGGAUCCACGCUUCAAGUUCAAAGAAACAGAAAAGUGUUUUUGGGGCAGAAAACAAACAAAGAGGUGGUGGAGACAAGCUGAGGGUGUUUGUAUAUAUGAGGGGUGAAUUCAAUACCUAUAUGGAAACAGAACUAGGCCACCCAACAGUAUUCUUUUUUCCCCCGUUCUUCAUAGUAGUAUGUCUUCAUAUAUUUAUUGUAAUUUAUCAAAAUAAAGAGACACAAUGUUUGUUUUGCAUGGAUGAAGGAAGUGUUUAUUUUUAUAUCCUGUUAGUAACUGCAUAUUAAUCCUUACUAAGCUAACAUAUGGAAUUGUUUCAAGAUGGUCAUACCAAGGAUCAUUUAGCUAUUUGAUUUUGAAUUUUAGGAGACCUUAGGGUAUAUAAGAAAUAUCCAAAAAUGAUUUGGUAAAAUGUUGAAUUUGAAUUAUAGAUCAGCAAACUAUACAAAACAAACAUUGACCUCUUAUUUUAGGCACUUUUUUUCCCCAUACCAUUUUUCAACUGGUCCGGGCUACCUUCAGACUAGGCUUGUGGGCAUCCUAGAGCAAAACAACCAUGUUCGUGAGACACCUUUCCAAAGAGGGGUCAUAUUCGUGUGUAGCCCUAACUGUUCUGACGCUAUGGACAGAAGUUGUCAGAUUGGCUGUACCGACGAUAUCAGACGAGUCCUGUGAUGCUUGUGGGGGUUGUAGAGCAAAACGGAGAACACCAUCGCGUUUGUAAGAGUCAUCUUUCCAUAGCGUGGUCAUAAUAGUUCAGAUGCUACAGACGUUUCUGUGAGAAGACUGAUUUUUCAGGAUUUCUCAUGGUCUGACAAACACUGCUGUUUCUGUGUUGUGGCUUUAACUGGUUGAGUAAUUUCGUAGUUCACAGACAUUUUGUUUGGAAUAAAAAUACAUUUUUAUACAUGAAUGCUUGAUAUUAAAGUAAUGGUAGUACGUAAUGUUUUAUUUUGACACACCCCAGUCAACUGUGAGAAUGGAUCCUAGUCGAAAACAUUGAAUGACUUGAAUCUACCUUUUUUUUGUGGGAACAAGGCGUACCUAUACCUCUCCUCUCUUCUGCCCCAGUUGUAUAAUCUUCUGCUUCUUUGCCAUCUUCUUGUCCUUUACUCUAUUGUCUUCCUUUCUCUGCUUCUCCUUCCUCUUUUCCUUCUCCCAUUCAGAGCCAGUGUCCUCAUCUGAACUCGCUUCUUGCGCUGACUCUUCCUGGGGCCUUGUGUGUUGUCCUCUUGACAACUAUAUUUUUAUGAAACAUCUGUUAGCCCCUCUUGGUGGCAUACUCCUACCUCCUGCCCUCCAACUUCCUCAGAUGCUUCUGUGCCGCUUCCUCCCUCAAAUCACUAAAGAAAUCAGCGCACUGGUUAUGCUCCUCUUCCAUUCUGGUUGCCUCUGCUUUCUUCCUGUGCUCCUUUCUUCUGGAUUCCAGCCUCACCUGCUCCAGGAGUUCUUUCUCCUCUUUCCUCAUCUCCUUUUCCCCCCAGCUCUCUGGCUUUUUUCUCCCCCUCACCUUUUUCUCUGCCUUCCACUCCAGCUCUUUUUGAUUCUUCAAGCAUUUCACUAUUAGUCUACACCUGUUUUUUACAUAACAUGUGACAAAUAAAAUUGGUUUUAAGUUGA